AUGGAGUCUACUUCGACGUGUGAAGACGCAGUCGCGGGUAUUCGUAUAGUUGUUUUAAAUCUACCUGAAGAUGAAGGUGAAGGUCUUGGCUUCCGUUUGACCAGAACGCUAUGGGAUCCAUAUCCCUGGGUGCAUGAUGUGACACCAGGAUCCAGAGCUGAUGCUGCUGGGUUGAAGACAGGGGACUGUUUGUUGCAGGCGGAGGGGAAGGACUUAUUAGGCAUGCCGGUUGGUCAAGUUGCUGGUAUGAUACGUGGUGACGGAGCCAGCCAUGGGGUGUCUUUGAUGGUAUGGAACUGUGGCGUCGAUCCGAGUGAUGACCCAGAGUUGCUUUGGAGUUGUGGAGGCGGAGCCCGAGGUGAGAGGGCCCGGAGAGCUUUAUCAGGCGUGGUAAAGGCACUUGCUUGCUGCGUCUGUGCUGCCACGGCCACCAGGGCCCUGUCGUGUGCGAGAUCACAUCUUUACUGCGAUGGAUGCUGGAGUCGUUUGGAUAAAUGCGCUCUGUGUAGAGAGCCACUACCUUCUAAGGACUCGCCCUACGCAAAAAAUCUAGUUGCUGAACAAGUAUUCGAAGCGAUCGCAGCAGAAUACGAAAUAAAGGAUCCGGCGAAAAAAUGUCAAUUUUCAACAUACACCACAAGAAGUCCUCAAAUUUCCACCAGAAAAGGACAGUACCAGCUGUCUAUGAUGAACAGACGAACACAGUACGCCGAGAAAUACUCUUCGGAUCCAAACAUACACACGAUACGCACGGAAACGAAAUCAAACCUCAAAACACACAACGGUCAAAGUCAUAACAUUCGGACGGAUUCGUGCAGUCAAACUGACGGCCCGUCUGACGUCAUGCAUCAAACACGCUGUCAGAUGCAGAGCUGUCACUGUCAGAAGUUGACAGAUGGCGCCAAAUGUCCGAUGGAAAUUCCGAGGAUUAAUUUGGAGAUAGACGAUUCAAGCAAAUGUAUGCUACAGCAUAAAUUGGUCGCGCGGCUGAGGCAGGCCUGUUCUUUAGCUGACUUACAGAACCUGCAGUCAUGUCAGCUGUCAAAAUCAAUGAAUAAUAUUAAUUCUAAUGAGCAUAGUUGCAGUAAUGGGCAACACAGCAACUCAGUUGACAAUUUAGUGAAAAAUAUGUCUUGUGAUACUCCAGUGUUUCUGCUGUCACCGCCUCCUAUAUACGUUCUUUCGUGCGACCAUUCCUAGACGAUACGGUGUAUUUAUCCGUGUAUUGGAUAUUCAAUAACAACGUUUUGAAACAAGUAUAAUAAAUUAUGAAAUUAUUAACGUACAAUUAUUAUAUCGAGUCAUACACCUAAACCUAUCAAACAAUUACUCUAAUUACCUACUCUGUCAAUCAAACUUCAUCCUUCAUCUAUCUGUCAAAUACAACAUUCAUUCAUUCACACUUCUACUUCAACUACUUGCACGCGACACCUGAACUACACAAAAACAAUUUAAUGUAAUCCUGUUUUUUAGACGAAAUAUAAAUCUAUAAGAAUA